AUGAUACCCUUGCAGGCAGCUGCGCUGUCGCUCGCCGCGUCCGUGCAGCUCAACGGCACCACCCUCAUUGGGACCGAUAUCUCAUCUGGAGUCGCAGCGCAAGAAUGGUUUGCUGGCAUACCAUACGCCGAGCCGCCUGUCGGGCAGUUGCGCUUCCGACCUCCGGUCGCAAAGACCCUUACUGAGCCAAUGCUAGAUGCGACUGCCUAUGGACCCGGCUGUCCACAACCUGACGUUCUCGGAGUGGCGUAUGAGGACCAGGCCGAAGACUGCCUGACCAUCAACGUCUUGCGUCCGGCGAAUACGCCCAGUAGCGCAGGACUUCCAGUCCUUGUCUGGGUCUAUGGCGGCGGCUUCCACGGCGGGUCUGCAAGACUGUUCAACGCGACUAGUCUUGUCGCGCAAAGCGUCUCUCGAGGAACAUCUGUCGUCUACGUCAACUUCAACUAUCGUUUGGGACCCCUUGGCUUCCCGAAGGGGGGAGAAAUGGAAAGCAAAGGAACGCUGAAUGUUGGGCUGAAGGAUUCCCUGCUCGCCUUCGAAUGGAUCAACCGUAAUAUCGCGGCCUUCGGCGGUGAUCCUGCUAAAGUUACCGCUGUGGGUAGCAGCGCAGGCUCAAUUACCAUCCAAAUUCUGUCGCUGCACAGCUCCUUCACCAACUACAUCCGCGCCGCAAUCUUCCAGUCGGGAUUUGCCGCGACAAGUACGCUGAACAAGGCGACCACCAAUCCGGAUCAGUGGAAGUCUUUCGUCGACGCGGCAGGCUGCGGAUGGACAUACGCGAACGCGCUGGACUGCUUGCAGAGCGCAGAUACCGGCGCGAUUAUGAACGCGACGUGGCAGGUCGUCCCGGACACCUCGCGGGGCUGGUUCCCGAACUUCGACAGCGACAUACUCCCGGACCUGCCCUCACGGAUCUGGGCCUCCGGCGCAUACGCGCACGUGCCUUUCAUUGCUGGCACACAUCUCGACGACGGCACGCGCUUCACGCCGACCUUCGUGAAGAACGACGCGGAGGUGCGCGUGGUGCUGAACGCCGCGGAGACGCCGACGCUGGAGGGUUACAAUUCUGUGCAACUCGACAAGCACAUCAGCAAGAUCCUCGACUUGUACCCGAAUGACCCGUCUUUGGGAUCGCCAUACAAUACCGGAAACGAGACCUUCGGGUUGAGUCCCCAGUACAAGCGUCUAGCAUCCAUGAUGGGUGACAUCAACUUCGAGUCGCAGCGUCGUCUGUGGCAGCAGCAGACCGCUGCCGACGAUGUCGCGUCGUACGGCUACCUCUUCACGGAUCCUCAAAUCGACGCCGAGCCUCGCGUAGGUGUGCCACACGGCGCCAUCGUCGACUACAUGUACUACCGCAUACCAGACGGAUCACCCCAAUCGUCGUGGACCUUGAGCUCGCAGAUUAUGGACUAUUACCUCUCCUUCGCGACAAGCCUGACGCCGAACGAUGGGCUGGGCGUUGCCCGCGCGGAAUGGCCGCAGUGGUCAUCGGACAACAAGGUCGUCAUGCAGCUUGACGGAACGAAUCUGGGCAGCAUCCCCGACACGUAUCGUCAAGAGCAAAUUGAGUAUCUCAAUUCUGACCCGGGUCUUCUGCACCAUCGCGCGGUGCGGCAGCACAAGCGUGCCCACCGUCGCAAGGGUGUGCACUGA